AUGGCAGCUAUGGUCCCACCUGUGAAGCUGAAAUGGCUUGAACAUCUGAACAGCUCCUGGAUCACAGAAGACAGCGAGUCUAUUGCAACAAGGGAGGGAGUUUCUGUCUUGUAUGCUAAGUUAGUUAGCAAUAAAGAAGUAGUGCCAUUGCCCCAGCAGGUUCUGUGCCUCAAAGGACCUCAGUUACCAGAUUUUGAGCGGGAGUCUCUGUCCAGUGAUGAGCAGGACCACUACUUGGAUGCCCUUCUGAGCAGCCAGCUGGCACUGGCAAAGAUGGUGUGCUCGGACUCUCCGUUUGCCGGAGCCCUGCGGAAGCGUCUCCUGGUGUUGCAGCGCGUCUUCUACGCACUUUCUAACAAGUACCAUGAUAAGGGCAAGGUGAAGCAGCAGCAGCACUCGCCGGAGAGCAGCUCUGGGUCCACAGAUGUGCACUCUGUCAGCGAGCGCCCCAGGUCGAGUACGGACGCGCUCAUCGAAAUGGGAGUUCGGACUGGCUUAAGCCUGUUAUUUGCACUGCUGAGACAGAGCUGGAUGAUGCCUGCGUCGGGGCCUGGCAUCAGUCUGUGCAACGAUGUUAUCCAGACUGCAAUAGAGGUCGUGAGCUCUUUGCCGCCUUUGUCGUUAGCAAAUGAGAGCAAGAUUCCACCGAUGGGUUUGGACUGUUUGUCACAAGUGACAACAUUUCUUAAGGGAGUAACAAUUCCAAACUCUGGGGCAGAUACUUUAGGUCGCAGAUUAGCUUCUGAGUUGCUUCUCGGUUUGGCUGCCCAACGAGGUGCCCUGCGGUACCUUCUCGAGUGGAUAGAAAUGGCUUUAGGUGCUUCAGCUGUAGUAAACACCAUGGAAAAAAACAAGUUGCUGCAAAGUCCAGAAGGGAUGAUCAGCUUUGAUUGCUUUAUGAGCAUAUUAACACAGAUGCGACGGUCUCUGGUUUGUCGAAUGGCUUCCGACUACUCGAGGACAUGUGCCAGCCCCGACAGCAUUCAAACUGGGGAUGCUCCCAUUGUUUCUGAGACCUGUGAAGUGUAUGUCUGGGGUAGUAACAGCAGUCAUCAACUGGUAGAAGGAACUCAAGAGAAGAUACUUCAACCCAAGCUUGCUCCAAGUUUUUCAGAUGCACAGACAAUUGAAGCUGGACAAUAUUGUACCUUUGUUAUUUCUACGGAUGGCUCCGUUAGAGCCUGUGGCAAAGGCAGCUAUGGGAGACUAGGCCUGGGUGACUCCAAUAAUCAGUCCACACUGAAAAAAUUGACUUUUGAGCCUCAUAGGUCUAUUAAAAAGGUGUCGUCUUCAAAAGGAUCUGAUGGUCACACGUUAGCAUUUACAACAGAAGGGGAAGUCUUCAGCUGGGGUGAUGGUGACUAUGGGAAGCUGGGACAUGGAAACAGUUCAACUCAGAAAUACCCCAAACUUAUUCAGGGUCCCCUGCAAGGAAAGGUGGUGGUGUGUGUGUCAGCUGGCUACAGACACAGUGCUGCUGUGACGGAGGAUGGAGAGCUGUACACGUGGGGAGAGGGAGACUUUGGGAGAUUAGGUCAUGGUGACAGCAACAGCCGCAACAUUCCAACUUUAGUGAAAGAUAUUAGCAAUGUAGGAGAGGUUUCCUGUGGCAGUUCACACACAAUAGCUCUGUCCAAAGAUGGGAGAACAGUGUGGUCGUUUGGAGGAGGAGACAAUGGCAAACUUGGACAUGGUGAUACAAACAGAGUGUAUAAACCUAAAGUUAUAGAAGCCUUGCAAGGAAUGUUUAUUCGAAAAGUUUGUGCUGGGAGCCAGUCUUCACUGGCCUUGACAUCAACAGGGCAGGUGUACGCGUGGGGCUGUGGGGCCUGCCUUGGCUGUGGCUCCUCGGAGGCGACCGCUCUCCGGCCCAAGCUCGUCGAAGAGUUGGCUGCUACGAGGAUAGUCGACAUUUCCAUCGGGGACAGUCACUGCUUGGCGCUUUCUCAUGGUAAAACCAGUAACGUGCAAGUUGUGGCAUGGCACAGACCCUAUUGUGUGGACCUUGAAGAAAGUACCUUCUCGCAUCUCCGUUCUUUUCUGGAGCACUACUGUGACAAAAUUAACAGUGAAAUCCCCCCUCUUCCUUUUCCUUCAUCAAGGGAGCAUCACAAUUUCCUUAAACUGUGUUUGAAGCUGCUCUCUAAUCACCUUGCGCUCGCCCUGGCGGGAGGUGUUGCCACGAGCAUCCUCGGCCGACAGGCUGGUCCUCUUCGCAACCUGCUCUUCAGACUGAUGGACUCCUCUGUCCCUGAUGAAAUUCAGGAAGUUGUAAUUGAGACUCUGUCAGUAGGAGCAACUAUGCUACUUCCUCCCUUGCGGGAGAGAAUGGAGUUGCUGCAUUCUCUUCUACCCCAGGGCCCUGAUAGAUGGGAGAGCUUGUCAAAAGGCCAGAGAAUGCAGUUGGACAUUAUCCUGACCAGCUUGCAGGAUCACACCCACGUCGCUUCCCUGCUUGGCUACAGCUCCCCGUCCGACGCCGCGGAGAACUCCUCGCUGUGUGUCAGCUACGGAAACCUCUCCGAGCAAACGUACUCUGUCCAGAGCAGUCACCCAGAUACUCACCUGGCCGAAAUCCUGAUGAAGACUCUGCUGAGAAAUUUGGGCUUUUAUACAAAUUCCAGCAGUGUGGCACUGCUUCACAAACACCUUCAGCUUUUAUUGCCUCAUGCCACAGAUAUCUAUUCCCGUUCUGCGACAUUGCUUAAGGAAAGCUCUUGGAAUGGUAGUGUUGGGGAAAAACUGAGAGACGUAAUCUACGUCUCUGCUGCUGGCAGUAUGCUCUCCCAGAUCAUCAACUCCUUGCUGCUGCUGCCAGUCUCGGUCGCUCGGCCCUUGCUGAGUUACCUGCUGGAUCUGUUGCCACCUUUAGAUCGUCUCAAUAGACUGUUGCCUGCUGCAGCCCUUUUGGAAGAUCAGGAAUUGCAGUGGCCUCUUCAUG